AGGGAGGGAAGGCCCAGGGUGUGAGCUGCCGCCUGCCGGGCUGGAGCGGUCGCUAUGGUAACCCCGGUUUGCAGGCCAGCGACCCGGGCCCUGACUCAACCACCUCAGCAGCUCCUGCCUCCCAUCACCGGGAACGGCGGGGCUUGGUGCCUUGCAACACAGUGAAUAGGAGAAGGGAGACACCAGGAAGUGCAGAUGCUGGAAUCUCGAGCAAAACACCAAGUGCUGGACAGUUGUUAUUGAUGCCUGGUGAGAGAUGUCAUAUUCCGACUGUCUUCAGUCCCUUCGGCAUCAAAACAAACAUCUAUUACAAAGGCUGCGAGAAGAGCGACAACAGUUUGGGGCCCCGAGCAGCACGCUUCAGCCCCCAGAGAGCCGUAAUGGAGUCAACUCAGCGGAGAUCGGAAAAGCUGCAGAUUCCCAAGAGAAUAGCUACAGGGCCAACAGACUAGAGGGAGAUGGCUGUUUAAGGAAGAAUCCCAGUUUGAAAUACAAAACUAGUUGUGAAUUGCUUGGACAACAGACGAAGAAUGAUGUCUUCCAACAGCCCACCGAGGUGGUAAUAUCUGAAUCCCUGCAGAAAAGAGAAGAAUCUCGAGCAGCACUUUGCACUCCCUCAAUGCACAGACCCACAAAGCAAGGUUGGGGCCUUGGCUCAGGAGAUGGAGCUGGCAUGGAGUUGGCAGACAGACUUCCCAUCGAUAAGGCCAAAGCUGUUUCCAGUGUAGAUAAAAACAGUUCCACGUCAGCAAUUAUGUCACCCGGAGAAAGUUUUGUUACAGCAGUACCACUGGGCCAGAAAUGGAACACGCAAAAGCUGGAUCCAAAAAGUAACCAUAUGACUGAAUAUUUUCAAAGCUCAACUCCUUUUACCAAACCUCCUAACCCAAUGUUAACUAAUCAACCAGAGCUCCCUAUCCCAACGUCAAGUACAACGGGAGCUGACUGCAAGCGAAGCAGUUCCCAACACUAUUCCCACUUCCUUCAGUCCCUCAAUGAGAACCCAAACCCAAGAUCCAAGCUAGAUUCACCGUUAUAUGUGGACCUGCUGUUGGAUGCGGGCAAUGAUCGACACGGCAAGCAUUUCAUCAGAAAUACUCAAAAACCAAAAUCCAUCCUCUUGGAACCACAUAACAAGAUGGUGAAGGCAGAUAUAGGUCAUGUGACAUUCCUGUCCCCAGAUGAGGAAUCCAGCUUCAGCACCAAGGUUCAGUCUGUGCAACCCCUCCUGGGCUACGAUUGGAUAGCAGGUCUGAUAGACGUGGACUCACGGCUGUCAGAAAAAUCUGAACAGUAUUUCUUGGAACUGCAGAAUUUCCGACGGGUGAACAAAGAAGAAUGCAUUCACCAAGAGUACAUGGAAGAUGGAGAGCAAAAUGAUAAGGUCACAGAUCAAGAGGAACUCGACUACAAAAGUCAAAGUCAUCAAUGCACACAUUCUUACCGUGUUAACAGUCGCCUGUUUGCAGUUCCAUUGGAACCAGCAGCAGCAUGUGCUGUUUGUAAAACUCCCAAGUCGAAGCGACCGCACACCAUGGAGGAGCCUGCUUAUAUCAGGGUCAGUAUCCCCAGAUCAACUCUGCUCCCUCCGCACACAUACAAGCCUCACCGUAGGAAGAGCUUCAAUCCUACUGAUAGUCUGUCACUACCUUCGCACUGUCUAUUGGGCUGGGAAAAUUCCAUGCCUUCUACAACUCCCGUAGCAAGUACCUUGGAUUUGCACAGUGCAUUGGAAGACAAAAAAACUUCUGUGCCAUUGAGUCCUAAUCGCUCCAAUAUGAGUGCUGCUGCAGUGUCUCGAGUGGCUGGAGGCACCAGAACAGAUGAGUUGCUGGACUUCUCACGUUCAACACGGUACCAAUUUCAGAAACUAGAGCAAAGCCUGAAAUUGAGAUAAAAAUCAGGUCUCAUUCACCUUCCUAGCCUUUGGGUGCACGCGCACACACACCCACAUAUCAAGAACAUUGUAUUCAUAGGUACGGUUUCCCUUCAUAAUACUGGGACGUAUCUUGCCUCUGAAUCUGAGCUUCUCACUCCAGGUGUGCAAGUUUCUUACCUGGUGUAAAACUACCUCAAGUGCAAUAUUUUCAAUAAGAUGGAAUGUCUGCUGAAGGGAACCCAAGUAAAUUGUUCUUAAUUUCUGAUUUAGCAGUCUUUCUUGGAGAGAAAACUACAGCUGAUAUGCACAAGUAACAGCAUUACUCUCUGCAUUUGAUGAGCGGGUUGUUUUGUACAUCCAUGUGUGUGGACAUUCAUUGUUAUGUGUCUACGUGCUAGGGGUGAGACUAUCUAUGCAUAUUCCAAUUAGUUGCCUUGGUUGCUUCUCCUGCAGUGAGUUUUCAUCUGCUGUUGGUAGAUGUUAUUUCUUUCUGGGUUGACAAUACCUGUCAUCUGUAAAAGAUGUGUAGCAAACUGCAGAGGAGAUUCGUGCAGAGUUUUUACUUUUAUAUUUUUGUGCUUUUAAUAUGGUUUUAUUGUUUGUUUUUAUUCAUUGAAAAAAUGAUCUAAUUAUUAAAAAUCAAUAAUGAGUUGGUGUGAAUGGUAUUUCUACAAGUGCAGUGUGGCAAUGUUCUUGAGCUAAAGGGAAUAUAUCAUAAUGAUAAACCAUAAGAUCACUAAUAAUUUAUUAAUUAGUAGAGCCGCUCAUUACAUUUCUGAUUGAUAUUGUUGAAAUGGCUUCACCUGGGUAGAUGUGCAGCUUUUGAUUGCCCUUGUGUGUCUUCAGCCUGAUCUUACUGUAUUUAUAUGAUAUUAUAAACACUGAUUAUUGCUUA